GCGGUCCGGGGCUGGGGGAGGGGGCCGAGUACCUCGAGUCACUGCUGUGGGGAGAGCUCGGCGCGGGAAGACCGAGCUGGUUUCUUAUGAGAAGCAUAUUGCUGAGCUUUUUUACUCUUUUAUCCGAUUGACUUAACAGGCCCUGCCUCCACAGCACCAAAAUAGAUCUGUGGAAUGAGUGUAAAGAAGGCUGAGAACAGGUGUCUGUCAUGGAAGGAGACCUUCUGACCUGACACCUACACUAGAAGUUAGAGUCCUGGGAGAGUGGACCCUGGAGUGGCUGGACCUGCAAACUUGAAUCUGUCCCAGAACUGGCAAGAUCUGAAUGAUAACAUUUCAUCCUUGAAAGAUCAGCAACAGCUGUGUGACGGUGGAAUGUUUGACCAAGAUGAUGGAAAGAAGAGCUUGGUGUUCUCGCGACCCCACACUUUCCAAGGAAGAAGAGGACAUGGCCGGGUCUUUUAGAAAAGUGACAUUCAAGGAUGUGGCUGUGGACCUCACCCAGGAGGAAUGGCAGCAAAUGAAACCUGCUCAGAGGCGCUUGUACCGGGACGUGAUGCUGGAGACCUAUAGCAACCUAGUUACAGUGGGGUGUGAAGUCACCAAACCAGAUGUGAUCUUCAAGUUAGAACAAGAAGAGGAGCCGUGGGUGCUGGAGGAAGAAAUGUUUUGGCGGGACUCUCCAGACUCCAGAAGAGUUGGAAAGAAGAGUUCUGCAUCCAAAGACAUGGCUGAGGGCUUGAAGUUCAAAGAUGUGGUCAUCUACUUCUCUCGAGAGGAAUGGGAAUGCUUACACCGUGGCCAGAGGAAUUUGUACCGGGAUGUAAUGCUGGAGAAUUACAGCAGCCUGAUAUCACUAGGUCCUGCUGAUACUAAGCCAAGUGUGAUCUCCCUUUUGGAGCAGGGGAAAGAGCCCUGGAUGGUUAUGAGGACUGGGACAAAGGAAGAAUGGCAUCACGAUUGGGAGUCUAGAAGAGAAAGCAAGAAGAUACCCCCAAAGGACAGUUACAAGAUUAAACCACUGCAACAGACGAUAACCAAAAAACAUACAUACUCCAACCUUGAGGGCACCAGUGCCAGAGGUAGCAGGGAAAUCACAUGCCAGUUGGAGAGGCAACAGGGACAUCAGGAGAGACAUUUGAGACAAGCCAUAGUAACCUCUAGUGACAGGUCCACUUCCAUUCAGUGCACAGCCCACAGAGAAGCUCAUCCUGGAGACAGACCCUGUGGGUGCAGCCUGUGCAAGAAAACUUUCAGGCGCCAAUCAUGUCCCAUUCAGCAUGCACAAAUUCACAAUAAGGAAAAAGACACUGAAUGUGCACAAUGUGGCAAGGUGUGUAACAGUAGGUCAGACUUGAUUAACCAUCAGAGACUUCAUGAAAACAAAAAAAGCAAUGAAAAGAAGAAAGAUGCCCUUAUUCCUGGCUCUGACGUGCCUAAGCCUCAGAGUACUCAUAGUACUGAGAAACCGCAUAAGUGUAAGGAAUGUGGGAAAGGCUUUCAUUCUACCUCACAACUUAGUCACCAUCAAAAGUUGCAUCUAGGAGAGAAACCCUACAAAUGUAAGGAGUGUGGGAAGGCUUUUAAAUCUACUGCACAACUUAAUCUUCAUCAGAGAGUUCAUACUGAUGAGAAGUGCUUCGAAUGUAAGGAGUGUGGGAAAGCCUUCACCCGCCCCUCACACCUUCUUCGUCACCAAAGAAUCCAUACUGGUGAAAAGCCUCAUAAGUGUAAGGAAUGUGGGAAGGCUUUUCGUUAUGACACGCAGCUUAGUCUUCAUCAGCUGGCUCAUACCGGGACAAAGCGCUAUGAAUGUAAGGACUGUGACAAAGUGUAUAGCUGUGCCUCACAGCUGAGUCUGCAUCAGAUGACUCACACUGGGGAGAAGCCCCACAAGUGUAAGGAAUGUGGGAAAGGCUUCAUCUCUGAUUCACAUCUUCUUCGCCAUCAGAGUGUUCACACUGGUGAAACGCCCUAUAAAUGUAAGGAGUGUGGCAAAGGGUUUCGUCGUGGCACAGAACUUGCCCGACAUCAGAGAGCUCAUGCUGGUGAUAAGCCUUAUAAAUGUAAGGAAUGUGGGAAGGCCUUUACUUGUAGCACAGAACUUGUUAGACAUCAAAAAGUUCACACUGGUGAGAGACCCCACAAAUGUAAGGAAUGUGGGAAGGCUUUUAUUCGAAGAUCAGAACUAACUCAUCACACAAGAAGCCACAGCGGGGAAAAGCCCUAUGAGUGUAAGGAAUGUGGGAAGACCUUCGGUCGUGGCUCAGAACUUAGUCGACACCUGAAAAUCCAUACUGGUGAGAAGCCCUAUGAGUGUAAGCAAUGUGGGAAGGCCUUUAUCCGUGGCUCCCACCUUACUCAACAUCAGAGAAUUCAUACAGGACAGAGAAGUGAAUGAGGAAAUGUGAGAAGUGCAAAAUUUGAUUAACAUCAGAAAAGUCACGCUAAUUUUAAAAAGCCUGUGGUGGUGACAGAUGUGGGAAAGCAAAGUAGGUUUCUCACCGGCAUUGGAAUUCAUGGGGGGAAAGGGGCACACCAUGACCUGAAAAGCCAUUUAAAACCAGAAAUGAUUAGACACUUGUCACUGGUUAGAAACCUUAUACACGUUAGAAAUUGGGAUAGGAUAGUUUCAGAAUUUAUAAGGCUUUAGUUGGUGAAAAACUGGAAAAUUCCAUGAGUGUAAGGAAAGGAGCAACGCCCUUUUGGUGACCCAGAACCAAAUAAACCUCAGGGAGUUCAUGGCAGGGAAAAGCAGAGGGCAGUGGAUAGUUCAGAGAAAUCAGCCAUUGGGGACUUCUUUUGACAUUGGGAUCAUGUAGACCAGGCUGGCCUCAAACUCAGAGAUUCACCUGCCUCCUGAGUGAUGGGAUUAAAGGCAUGCACCACCACGUGCUUGUGUUUUCUAGGAUAGCAUCCAGCUAGUAUUUAAAGUGUGUCGAAUGUAGCCAGACAUAGUGGGGUGCAUGCCUGUGGUCCUAAUACUUGGGAAGCAUAGGGAGGAGGAUCACAAGUUUGAAACCAACCUGGAAACCCUGUCUCAAGGCA